CUAUCACUCGCAUAGUGGAUUCACAAAGAUUGCAACCAUCAUGAAUCUUUCCUUGGCUUACAAACAACGAAAACCAAAGGGUUACUGGGACAAUCUCGAAAAUCUGCAGCACGAGAUAAGUAGAUUUCAAAGGAGUUGGGGAAUGGAUCCUUCAUUUAUGCCAAGCAAAAAGUCAUUUGAACGUGCAGGUCGGUACGAUAUUGCUCGUGCACUAGAAAAAUGGGGUGGACUUCACGAGGUUUCUCGGCUUCUGUCCCUGAAGGUGAGACAACAUCGAAGCCGACAGGAUGACACCCUUGUUGAGAAGGGUAAGAGAGUUGAUAAUGUAGAUGAUGGUGAUUUGGAAACACCAUCUAAACCAUGUAUAUACCAAGAUACACAUAAGUGGCUUACAAAACUAAGACAGUUGGACAUAAAUUGGUUUGAAUAACA